AACCACUGGCAAGCACGGAAUUUCCUUCCUCUCAUGGUCCGAAAAAAAAAAGGCCUUUAUAAAUGGGGACUAUGUUCCGCUUGCUCUCGCUGUAUCAGCUUCGGAUCGUCGAACACAGACGUUUUUUACCACCACCGGCAGCUUUUCUAACAUCGCCAUCAUGAUUCCUCGAACAAACGCACUGCUUAUUUGUGUGGUUUUCCUCUGCGGACUGGAGGAAACGGUCCUCUCUGGGCGCGGACAUUGCACCGGGAAUCAAUGUUUUGCGCUUUUCCAGAAGCCCGAUGACUUUCUAGGCGCACAGGAAAUCUGCAAAACGUUUGACGGACAGUUGUUCGUGUUCAACCUGGAACACUUACGGAAGAUAUUGAGGAGUUCACCCAACGGGCUCAGCGGUAGUUACUGGCUGGAGCUGCACAGCGCCGGCAGGACAACAGAGGAGGCCGUGGCAGGUCUCCAAAACUGCUCCUACAUCUCCGGACAGAAUUCCACGGUGUUGUGGAAGCCGUGCCGUGAAAACCUGGACGGAUUUCUUUGCCAAUAUACAUUCGAGGAGAAUUGUAGUAUCUUGCAAGCAGGCGGGGGCGCACAGAUGAAGUACACCGCGCAUAUGGGCUUCGAGGUGAACGAUUCGGAAACGUUUCCAUUAGGAACCAUCGCGGAAAAGGCUGGCGGCAAAUAUCCCGACUCUAGGUAUUUGUGUUACUCGAACGGUUGGUUGCGAGCUCCCUGGAACUGUGAGGUGCUGCGGGGCGGCUGUGAAUACAACUGCAAUUCCACAACACACACCUGCACCUGUCCCGCAGGGCAAACUCUGCACCCCAACAACAUCACAUGCACCACAGAUCCCUGCGCAGACUGUGCGCACGAGUGCCAACAGGUGGGCGACAACUACGUGUGCACGUGCAGGGAAGGCUUCGAGCUGGCGCAGGACAUGAAGCUGUGCGUGGACGUGGAUGAGUGUAAAAAGGACCCAUGCACGGGUGAGGGUGAAGAGUGUGUCAACACCCAGGGGGGGUUCGAGUGCCGGUGUAAAGAUGGCUUUGAAGAGGAGGAUGGAGUGUGUGAGGAUGUUGCAAUCUGUGAGAAGUGUGAGCACAUGAGGUGUCAGAAAUUCAAUGGGGUACAUAAGUGUGUGUGCAAGGAGGGGUUCAGGGUGUCACCAUUAGACCCCACCAAGUGUGAGCAGCACUGCACUGAGAGAGACUGUCCAGCCAAUUGCAUCGAAAAUCAGUGUUUCUGCCCCGAUGGCUACAUUCAAGACUCUGACGAUGGCAUCCCCAUUUGCACUGACAUAAAUGAAUGUGACAAUGAGUGGGAGUGUGAUCACAAGUGUGAAAAUUUAUUCGGUGGUUACAGAUGUUUGUGCAAUGAGGGGUUCAAGCUGCACAAUGAGCACAGGUGUUUACGCACAAGUGAGGAGGAGGAAGUGGAUGGAUCAGGCUCACCUUCUCCAUUCCCUACACCAGCCGGCGCUCACCCAGCCGCAGUGCCCUCUUACAUCAAGACCGGCAGCGUCCUUGGGAUCACCGUGUUCAUGGUGCUGUGUGCGGCGCUGCUGUUUUACUUGAUCCAGAGCACAGCCAAACGUUGCGGCAAAUUUCAGCUUUCCUCCUUCAAACACCCGAAUAUCGACAUUUUCUACCUGCAGCAGGUGACCACAGAGACCUACAAGAGGUUAUCCUUUGACAAACAGUUAAAAAACGACUUUCAAAUACCUUCAUCACACCUAUGAGGAAAUGUGCUGCUUUUCAACCUUCUCAUGUCACCGCUUGUUUUCUUUCCUCAGAGAUGUCAAAUGUUCAGAAUGGGACCUUUUCACAGCUAUGCAGUCUUAUAAUGGGAAACCAUUUAUUUAUCUUUAAAAGCUGCAACCAGUCAUAUACUGUGCAGUCAUAGUAUCAAUCAUAGCAGUGAAUGCAUACAAUGGAGAUAUGGGAUGUUUUCUGAAAUACAGUAGAUUUCUAUAUGAAAUUGUUAUUCAAAAUCACACCCUCAAAUUCAUUUUAAUAGUUAAAUAGCCAAUUUGGGAGUUUAUCUAGCCUUACAAGUAAGAUGCUGUUAAACGGAAAGUGUAAUGGUAAUGGUUUUACUCACUUUGUUGCUGUCUAACUACAAUGUAUUCCCACCUUACUCUACUGUGAGGGGGUUUUUUUGUUUGUUUUUUACGUAAAAGGGAAAACACAUUGUACCUUGGACUUUGCGUGACAUUUUCAUUUUGCACAUCGCAAAUUAAUGUAACAUUCCACAUAUUGAUUGUAAUAUCUGGGGGGGGGGUUUAUAACUACUUUAGUUAAAUCAUUAUGGUUUUUAUCUUUUGGUAAAAUAACACUUUAAAAUGAUGCAAAAAAAGUUCUCUUUAGUCAAUGUAGGCUACAUUAUUUUUUCCUAGUGCUUUUCUGUGUUACACUGGCACAAUGACUCGUCACUAAUGUUUACUAAUGAAAUAUAUUACAUGGCUUAUGAUAUUUGAGAUAGAUACACAGUAUCUAGUUCUGAAGCCGAACAUUUGAGAUAUAUUGAUUGCUAUGAGAACUGAUUCUGAUGCAUUUUAACUCAUGGCAGCGUGUAUUCAGGCUUUAUGGACCAUUUUCACAUGCAUAGAUCUGAUGCGUGUCAUUCCUAAAUGACAAAUCUACAUUCUGCAAUGUCCAAUGUGUAGUUUAUGUGUAAACCUAAAGAUUAGUGGCAUUUCUGGGUACACACUGGAGAAAAAGUCCACAUUCUGUUCCAUCUGAACACUGAAUCAUGAUGUACAGGGCAACGUUUCAUUCUAAGACAUUAUUCUAUAUACACUGCAAAUACUGCCAAACAAAACAGCUACAGGUCAUGUUGCUCAUGUGCAUCAGAACAUUUGUAAUCUAACGGAAUUACAUGUUACCAUAUUCACUGACCAUCCUGACGUGCUGUACAUGGCUACCACUGACACGAGGUUGAAUGUUCUUAACUUUAUUGUAUAACUGACUGCUCUCGGAGCCACAGAAGCUGCUGUCCCUUUUGAGAGAUCAACUAAACAUGAAUGUAAAAACUGUGCUGCUAUGGUCUACAUAUAGGAAAACACAUUUUCACCUCAUGAUAUGCUCAGCCACCACAUGUCUGUAUAACAGGCUUAUUGUAAGCUUUCACUUGUUGCAGUAGCCUAUUUGAUUUUUUGUUAGUUAAUAUCUCACUAAGGAAUGAUAAAUAAAAAAACUAAAAGCUGGA